CCCUCAAGCGAGGGGAGAGAGGAAGAGAGGAGGAGGGUGACAAGUCGAGCGUCGCAGGGCAGGCCGGGAUGGAGGAGGACGAGCUGGACUUGGCCGACGAGCUGGAGGCCGCCUUGCAGCUGGCGCCGGAGGUGCAGCUGGCCAUCGAGCAGGUGUUUCCGAGUCAAGAUCCGUUGGACCGAGCUGACUUCAAUGCUGUGGAGUACAUUAACACACUUUUCCCGACCGAGCAAUCUUUGGCAAACAUUGAUGAUGUGGUGAACAAGAUUAAGCUGAAAAUCAGGCGUUUGGAUGAUAACAUCCGGACCGUGGUGAGAGGCCAGACAAACGUCGGGCAGGAUGGCCGCGAGGCGCUGGAAGAAGCCCAGAAGGCUAUUCAGCAGCUCUUUGGCAAGAUUAAGGACAUCAAGGACAAAGCUGAAAAAUCUGAGCAGAUGGUGAAGGAAAUCACCCGCGAUAUCAAGCAGCUGGACCACGCCAAGCGCCACCUGACCACCUCCAUCACGACCCUGAACCACCUCCACAUGCUCGCUGGCGGAGUCGACUCCCUGGAGGCCAUGACGAGGAGGCGGCAGUACGGGGAAGUGGCCAACCUCCUGCAAGGGGUCGUAAACGUGCUGGAGCAUUUCAACAGAUACAUGGGGAUCCCGCAGAUUCGCCAGCUUUCUGAGAGGGUGAAGGCUGCCCAGAACGAGCUGGGGCAACAGAUCCUGGCAGAUUUCGAGGAAGCGUUUCCCUCUCAAGGCACAAAGAGGGCUGGAGGUCCCAGCAACGUCCUACGGGACGCCUGCCUGGUCGCAAAUGUCUUGGACCCCAGAAUCAAGCAGGAGAUCAUCAAGAAAUUUAUCAAGCAGCACCUCUCGGAAUACCUCGUGCUCUUCCAGGAAAACCAAGAUGUUGCCUGGCUGGAUAAAAUCGACCGGCGUUACGCUUGGAUCAAACGCCAGCUGGUGGAUUACGAGGAGAAGUACGUGCGCAUGUUCCCUGCGGAAUGGUGCAUGACCGAGAGGAUUGCGGUCGACUUCUGCCAUAUUACGAGGACGGAGCUUGCAAAGAUCAUGUGGACGCGGGCGAAGGAGAUCGAGGUGAAGCUCCUUCUGUUUGCCAUCCAGAGGACCACCAACUUCGAAGGGCUGCUGGCGAAACGCUUCUCGGGUUGCACCCUCUCCGACACCGUGCCGAAGAAGGCCGAGCCUCCGCCUCCCAACACCAACCCCUUCCUGGAAGACGAAACCGUCCUGGAGUCGGACGAAGCCAUGUUAGAAAAGGCCGACAUUGACAGACCCAAAAAGCCGAAAGUUCCAGACAAUCCUUUUCAUGGCAUCGUCUCCAAGUGCUUUGAGCCCCAUCUCUACGUCUACAUUGAAUCCCAGGACAAAAACCUCAGCGAGCUGAUUGACCGCUUCGUGGGGGAUUUCAAAGCCCAGGGGCCCCCCAAGCCGAACGUGGACGAGGGCGGGGCUGUCCUGCCCAGCUGUGCCGACCUCUUUGUGUACUACAAGAAAUGCAUGGUGCAGUGUUCCCAGCUGAGCACCGGGGAGCCCAUGAUCGCCCUAACAACCAUCUUCCAGAAAUACCUCCGGGAAUACGCCUGGAAGAUCCUCUCGGGAAAUCUGCCCAAGACGACCAGCAGCAGUGGCGGGCUGACUAUCAGCAGCUUGCUGAAGGAGAAAGAGGGCUCGGAGGUGGCCAAAUUCACCUUGGAAGAGCUCUGCUUGAUCUGCAGCAUCCUGAGCACGGCCGAGUACUGCUUGGCAACCACCCAACAGCUCGAAGAGAAGCUCAAAGAGAAAGUCGACGCCAGCCUGAUGGAGCGGAUCAAUCUGAUGGGGGAGAUGGAUACCUUUAGCAUAGUGAUUUCUAACAGCAUCCAGCUUCUGGUGCAGGACUUGGACGCUGCCUGUGACCCAGCUCUCUCGGCAAUGAGCAAGAUGCAGUGGCAGAACGUGGAACACGUGGGCGACCAGAGCCCGUAUGUGACGUCCGUCAUCUUGCACAUCAAGCAGAACGUCCCCAUCAUCCGGGACAACCUGGCCUCCACCCGCAAGUACUUCACGCAGUUCUGCAUCAAGUUCGCCAACUCCUUCAUCCCCAAAUUUAUCAACCACCUCUUUAAGUGCAAGCCGAUCAGCAUGGUGGGGGCAGAACAGCUGCUUUUGGACACUCAUUCUCUGAAGAUGGUUCUUCUGGACCUGCCGUCUAUCGGGUCCCAGGUGGUGAGGAAGGCCCCCGCCAGCUACACCAAGAUUGUGGUGAAAGGCAUGACCCGUGCCGAAAUGAUUCUUAAGGUCGUGAUGGCCCCCCACGAGCCUCCCGUGGUGUUUGUGGACAACUACAUCAAACUCCUGGCCGACUGCAGCACAGACACUUUCCAGAAGAUUCUGGACAUGAAGGGUCUGAAGAGGAGUGAGCAGAGCAGCAUGCUGGACUUGUUCCGCCAGAGGCUCCCGGCCCCUCCCUCCGGAGGCGACAGCGCCGGCUCCAUCUCCCUGACGGCCCCCACGCCCGAGCAGGAAUCCUCGCGCAUCCGGAAGCUGGAGAAACUCAUCAAGAAGAGGCUCUAGGGGGCUUCUUCUUCCCCUCCACGCCCUGCUCUCUCUUCCUCCAAGCCGUCAAGGUGGCUUCUUGCUCCUGCUGCUGAGACUGGGCCUCCCCUUCGCCCGCUCCUCUCCCCUGGUACUCCAGAUUCAAAUUCCUUGCCGCUCGCUUUUGGAAGAUCCUUGGCACUAAGACUGUACCAGUUGAGAGAGUCGCACAAGGGGGCUCUUCUGCUAUCCUGUGCCACUUCAGACUCCGGCGAGGAACGUCCCCUGAGCCACCUUCAAAAAUAUAAAGAAAUCCCUCCCACAUAUUUCACUUUUUCAUCGUCACAUGCUUGCUUCGCUAUGAAUAUGGGUUCUUUGUUUAGGGAGGAGGACAUUCAAAUGUGCAGUUCCUCCCCGCAGUCUGAAAUGGUACAGGCCAGCAAGUCAUCAACAUGGGAGUCUCCUAAUGGGAUCGGUUCUGCGCUUUUUCCUCCAUAGGCACCCCCUGAGCUUCUCCACCUGAGCUGCUUCAUCUCCCUGCCAUCGCCUUCCCUGUGUUCACUUCCAUACAGCCCGCACAGCACAGCGGUCCUCAGUGAGGCUGGGUACUUGCUUUGUCCUCUGCUGUGGGAAUGGCUGUUAUGGUUCUGCACACGAAUGCGCUUUUAAUGUAAGAAGUCACGGAAGCCAGGUGCAGGGAAUGUUGAUGGUCCUAGAACCCGCAGGAUUUAACGGGUCAAAGUUCCCCAUUCACUCCCACCCAUCCCCAGGUGACUUUCCUGCAGGGUCCCUUUAGUUGUGGCUCCUAAAAACACCCUGGCAGCUUGGUUUCAAAACAAUAUUUUGCAUUGUUUUCCGGAGGCGGGGCUGAACUAAGGCCUUGGGGCCGCUAGCUGCCGACCCUCCUUGACUGGAGUCGGCUGCCGCCCUGCUGCUUAACUCGGUUGGCCCUUUGUCCCAUUUGGCUUCUUCGUGGCGUGCGUAGUGUUGACUCUCGGUACGGAUCCGCUUGCAAAAGGAAGCCUAAUCAAGGCGGGUGUGGCUUCUCCCUCCCAGGCUAUAUGGAUGUCCUUGCGUUAAGGGCAAACAAAACCCGGGCCAUAAAUUCCAAAGGUGAUAAAGAUCAGGAAGCUGAAAAUAUUCAUAGCUGGGUUUGUCCACCCAACCCUGCCUUUGCAGAUAUGUAGACGAAAGUUUGACCGUUAAAAUGGAGGUAUAUUUUUUUCCGGUUGGCAAUUUUCGCCACUUUGGCAUGAAGAUUUUUAAAAACUUUGUUUUUUUAUCAUAUUGAUUUGAAACUACCCUCUUUCCUUAUUUAUCAGUCCUAGGUGAUUUUGGAUGGUUAGAUUCCCUUUCAGUUGUAUAUUUUCUGUUCUGUAUAGAUCUCCUUUAAGUUGUAUAUUUUCUGUUAAUAAAGAGGAUUGUUCUGUGA